CUUCUCUCCAGUCUCCACCACACAAAAACCUUCCUGUCUGGAGCUGCAAUAACUUCCAGUUUCCAUGGCUUUCAUCAAACAUUGUUGGGUCCUUCUCUUAGUUCUUGUAAUAGCCUUUGUACUCCAAAUCAUCUUCUUCUCGCCGAUAUCUCCAGAGAUACUCCAACUGCCAUUGCCAUCUUCUUCGGUUUCAGUCCCUCCAUCAAACAGCCAGUUACAGAAAGUGAUUAAGCUUGGAGAAGGGUUAUUGAUUGGUCCGGAGGAUGUUGCAGUGGAUGAAAAGGGUACUCUGUAUACCGCCACCAGAGACGGGUGGAUUAGAAGAUUGCAUCGGAAUGGUUCGUGGGAGGAUUGGAUGAAACUGGAAAGCAAUACUGUGCUUGGAAUUGCAACAGCUAAACGAGGUGGCCUGAUUGUUUGCGAUUGCAAAGCGGGUUUGCUUAAGUUCACAGAUGAUGGUGUAAGAGUUCUUGCAUCACAUGUCCAUGGAUCUGAAAUCAGGUUUGCAGAUGAUGUGAUCGAAGCAUCGGAUGGCAGUAUAUAUUUCAGUGUAGCAAGCACCAAAUUUCAACUCCAUAACUGGCAUCUCGACUUGCUGGAGGCCAAACCUUACGGCCAACUUCUUAAAUAUGACCCAUCGACGGAGCAGACCUCGAUUCUGUUAGAUGCCCUCUAUUUUGCCAACGGUGUUGCACUCUCCAAAGACGAAGAUUUUCUUCUUGUUUGUGAAACAAUGAGAUUCAGGUGCCUGAAAUAUUGGUUGAAAGGUGAGAGUAAAGGGAAAACAGAGAUUUUCAUCGAAAACCUUCCGGGAGGACCUGAUAACAUCAACUUAGCUCCAGACGGUUCCUUCUGGAUUGCACUACUCCAGUUGGUUCCUGAGGGGACGGAGCUGGUGCACACCUCCAAGGCAUUGAAACGGAUUAUAUCGAAUUUCCCUAAACUCAUAGAACUUGUUGUGGGUGGAGAGAAGAGAAAGGCUACAGUGAUCAAUGUGGCGGCUGAUGGCAACAUACUCGAGAGGUUCGAUGAUCCUAAUGGAACAGUUAUAACGUUUGUGACAUCUGCUGUGGAGUUCGAGGACCAUCUUUACUUGGGUAGUCUCAACACUGACUUCGUAGGAAAAUUGCCACUCAAAUGAAUUCGCAGCAAGAUGCCAAGGACCAGGAGAGAGAAACAGAUAUGG